AUGGUAAUCAGUGGUAAUAGCAUCUGUUGGAUGUGGCAUCCUAGUAUCAUCAUUAUUUACUUGAUUUCUUAUGCAUAUUCUGUGGAAAUAAUUCCGUAUAAGUUUCAUUCCGAUAACGAUGAAUCUAUCAACAAAUGUUUGCAACGAGCAAUGGAAAUAAUCAGUGAUGAAACUUGCUUAUUAUUUGAACCAGCAACUAUUCUUACAGAUAGAAAUAUAGAACCAAUUUUAUUCAUGCAAUCACCAUUUUGUUCAUGGCAAAAGUCGAACCAAACGAUGCAUUUAAAUGGAAAAUGUUUAAAUGAAUUAUCACCACCAUUACCAUCAUUAACACUGUUAUCAUCAUCAUCAUCAGUAUCAUCAUGGUCUGAUGAUGCAUGUCUGGCGGUAUUGUCGCAUGCACUUUCUGCCACCGAUUCAUCACUACCAAUUCGCACACAAAUGAUUCAUCUAAUCAACACAAUGUACAACUGUACAGAAGGAUGCAAUAUGGAAUGUGAAAAUGGCGGUAAAGUGAAAAACGAUUGCAAUUGUCAAUGCGCAUAUGGAUUUGAGGGAAAAAAUUGUGAAGAACUUUCGAGACGGAAACUUUUCACUGAUCCAUCAUGUGGCAUUCAUAGUGAUGAACAAGGAACUGUUUCACUUAGUACAUAUCCGGAAGGUCGAACAGGUGCAACAUUUUGCCAAUGGUUGAUAAAAAGUAUACCGGAAAAGACGAUCGAAUUUUACAUUAAAGAUUUAGAUUUAGAUGAUGAUAACGUUCCACCGGAUCAACCAUGCAAUGAUAUCUUUUAUAUUUGGGGCGCUAAAAGUAUUGCUAAUCCAAUUUUAUGUUCUACAAAAGAUAAUUUAAUUGGUAUCCGUUUUGAAAGUGAUUCCAAUUGGUUGCUGAUUGAAUUGCGAACAAAUCCGUGGUCAGAAGGAUCGCAUCGUGGUCCACGAAUUAAAUAUCGUCAAGUUGAUGCACCAUAUCAGAGAUCUUUACGUGCUUUCACAACCGACGUAAUACCAUCAAACGCUUCCAGUAAUGUGCCAAUAUUUAUUAUACUACUACUGAUAACAUUGAUCAGAUGA